AUGAGUGCCACAGCCCUUGACGCUCCCAGCCUGCGCCAAGGCAGCAGCUGGGUGCCCAAUGAGGCUUCGCAGUGCUGCCAGGAGUGUAGCAAGACCUUCAACACCUUCUGGCGGCGGCACCACUGUCGUUUCUGCGGCCGCCUGUUGUGCUCCACUUGCGCCCCUGUCGUGCAGGAAGAGAGCAAGGAUUGCUUGGCGGUGCUGGGCCAGUCCCGGCGCGGGGUGCGACGCUGCGCCAGCUGCACCUUGGAGUUGGCGGAUGGCGCGCAACCAGCGCGCCUGAGCCGUCGUGAGAGUCUGACCAGCCUGACCAGCGACACGGCCGUGGAGGCUGCUAUGGAACGGCUUCAAGUCCUCAAGGAGGAGGUAGCGUCCCUGCGCAAGGCGGAGCAAAGACGCCUGGAGCUGGCGGUGCAGAAAGGUUUCUGGCAGAUCUGGGUGGUCACCUAUGCAAUGAUUGCGCUCUGUACCUUACUCCUCUUUUGCUGGCGGCUUUCCAUCAUGGCCGCAUGGGUCGCCAUGCUCUUUGUGCUUCACAGGUCCUCCGAGGGCUCCUUGUUGCAGCGGAACGUGCGGGUCUUCUGGUCCGCUGCCGUAGUGACUUGUGCCUUGCUGGCCACACGUUGGAAGCUGCGAUCGCUGAACCUCUCGGAGGGCGAAGACUACCGCGCCGAAUGGGAUGCCACCAACGAGGUCUUAGCUCGGUUCUUAUAUCAGCAGAUCUUGAAGCUGAAGGGCUUUUGGAUCAAGCUGGGACAGCAGCUAAGCGUCAACAUAAUGAUGGAGCCGGCCUUCCGAUUGGAGUUCGGCAAGCUGCAGGACAAGAUUCCGCCCAUGUCGGUCCGCAGCCUCGAGGGGAACGUGCUCACGUUGGUGGAAGAGUUUGGUGCUGAAGCUUCCACCAUUUGCAUCGAUGAGAAGGAAGCCCCACUGGGGACCGCCUCCAUUGCUCAGGUACAUCGUGCGAUCUGGAAACCCAAAGGGCAAGCGCACAAAGAGAUCGUGCAGCACAGAAACGUGUCGCAGGAGUUCCACCAGGACGGACGGAUCCUGAAAAAACGUGUCACGGACUUGCGCAACUCCCAGAUUUUAUCCAAGCUGUUGGCUUUGGUCGAUCCGGAAGGAGUCCCCGACCUUCGCCCCAUCGUGCAAAGCUUACGAGAGGUGACGGUCAAAGAGCUGGACUUCCGCCAAGAGGCGGAGAACCAGCAGCGUGCCAUGGAGGCCGCUGAGAAGCACAACGCCAAGGUGGUGAUCCCCAAGGUGGUGUCUGCGCUGGUGUCGCGCCGCGCCAUGGCCAUGGACUACGUGGACGGCGAGGCCUUGUCCAAGGCCUCCGAGAGGUUGACGCAGGAGCAGCGGAACCGGCUGAUUGGCGCCAUGGUGGAUCACUUCGCCGUGCAGUUCGCCUUAGACGGCCAUUUUCACGCGGAUCCACAUCCCGGCAACUUGUUGGUUGAGAAAGGCACCGACAGGCUCAAAUCGAGCCAACAUGGAGAUUUGAUCCAAAAGAUGAAGACACCCAAAAUAGGAGUGAAGCGGUGUCGGCGGAUCCCCUGGGGUGGUAGUUUUCGGUUGCAAUGGAUUGGACUGCACUUAGGAUCCUUGGAUCAGGUGAUUGACCUGUGUGCUGGCCUGGGGGGUUUUUCCUGUGCGUCGUCCAGGGUUGGGUUUGCUGUCCAAGCAGGGGUUGACCAGAAUGGACUUUGGCGUAAACUGUUCCAGUCCUUUCACAAGGGUGCCCAGUUCUUCGUUGGUGAUUUGGUGGAUCCCAAUGUUGUCCGUCAACUGCUCAGCCUGGGUCACUUCCACUGUGUUCUGUGUUCAGGUGUGUCUUGCCAACCGCAUUCAGUGCUUGGUGACAAAAGGGGAAUGGAUGAUCCAAGGGCUGACUCCCUUCCAAAGACCUUGAACAUAGCAUGGCUGUUGCAGGCUGCAGUAGUGAUCAUCGAGUGCACCCCUGAGGUACUUCGCAAUGCCCAGGCACAGGAACUCCUCCGUCAAUUCACUGUGAACACAGGGUACAGGAUGUUCCAAACCAUCCUUAAGCUCAGUAAUGCUUGGUGCACACGACGUGACAGAUGGGUGGCCAUUUUGACUGCACCGGUCAUCUGCAUGUGUGAGCUGCCUGACUUGCCCAGCUGUGCAGAAAUUAGGGUCAUCCGAGACCUCAUCCCGGCCUUCACACCAUGGCCCCAAUCCGAGCAUGAUCAAUUGGUUCUCAACCUGUAUGAACUCUCCAAAUACUAUCAAUAUGCUGCAGGUGGAAUUGAUAAUGCUUGGCUCAACAUGGAUGACCAGUUGCCGACCCUCUUGCACAGUGCAGGAAAUCAGAUGUACACCUGUGCAUGUGGUUGCAGGGCCGCCUUGUCAGAGGCCAGACUGAAAAGCAAAGGCCUGGUAGGUGUUCUGAUCCCACUGCCGACAUGCCAGACACAUAUGAACAUCUACAUGCGCCAUGCCAGGUACCUUCAUCCAUGCGAGAUGUGGGCAUUGAUGGGGGGUCACCCUCAAGCUUCUAUGGGGCAUAAUCUCAGAUUGGCCAUGGCAGGGGUUGGCCAGGCUGUGGCACCACUGAUGGGGCUUUGGAUUUUUGCCCAUGUUCGCAGAUCCUUGGAUUUGACCUUCGAAGUGCCUCCAUGUGAUCCGACCCAGGUCUUGAAGGAGUACAUGGCUGAAAUCAUCCAGGCAUGCCGAGCCAAAUGGCCCCCACUGCCUGCUCCGACUGCCCCGGACCCGGUUGAUGAUGAUCCCAUCGAAGAUGUCACACCAUGGAUCACUCUCACAUGGCCGUGUACAGAUCAGCCUGAUGUCAAAGUGAAGUUGACGCCUCAUGUCACAGGUCAGCAACUGUUGGAUGCAGAGCGUAGCCUCAAUGUUCCAGUGGAUGGAUGUUCAUUGCGAGUUGAUGGAGAAGAGUUUGAUGCCGCUCAGCCUUUGCCCCCGUCCAGUCUUGUGUCCAUUGUCCCACAGGGAUGGCAUCCGAGUCAGCUGUCAGCCACGCCUGUCAUUCCGUGUUGCCUGUCUGCUGAUGAUUUCAUCCGGUAUGUACAGACAUCCGAUGCAUCCGACUUGGGCUUGGUCACUGACUUGCAGGAACUUCGAGCAAUUCGUGUGCCUUCCUUUUCUAGGGCUGAGAGACUUGGACUUUUGACUAUGCAGGGACCGGUAUGGGGUGAUGAUGAAGUUCUGUAUGGACUUUUGCAAACGGCCAUAGGCACUGACACAGACCAACAUGUCCAUGUCUGGGACCCCCUUUUGGUUACUGGACUGCUUCAGUGUGAAACCACCUCCACAUGGUCAGAUUUGGUUGCCCCGUUGGGACCGGUUGCCACUGUGGUGUCAGCAGUGCUGUUGGGUGGCCAUUGGAUUCCAUUGGUGUGGCGGGUGGAUAUGGUUGGUUCUCAGAUGCACACGGUGUCGGUACCAUCGGAAUAUGCCCCUGUCAUGGAAAAGCUUGCCCGUGUCAUUGAAGUCCUGCGGGGUGGGGCCCGGGGCACAUGGAAAGAACACAGCCUUGGAUUUUCGCCCUCCGGACAUUGUGGUGCCUUGGUGCUAUCUUUUGUCAGACACCUAUUGUGGGGUUGGCUUCUUGUCACUGAUCAGGACUGGUUGGCACACUAUGCUGGUGGCAUGCGAGGGGAGUUCAUUGAGCAUUUGCCUGAUCCGUGUUCUCGUCCCUGUCUUGCAGGUUUGGGUUUCACAGUCCACCAGCGGUUGGCAGAUCUCUUGUUGAGUCAUGGAGUUGCAGCCUCGGACACUUCUGCUCGUGCCUCUGCUGUCGUCAAAGCUUUGGGUGAACGUGAGGUUGGGACUGCUUUGGAAUCCAAAAACCCAUGGAGAGAGCUGAAAUGGCUGGGCAAUCAAGUCCGACCACCCUUCAUGCUGAUCAAACCAGCGGAGCUUCAGGCACAGAUUGACAAGCGAGCCAGCGACUUGCCUGUUGGCCACAAAAAGCAUAAGCAUGCCAAGACCCCGAAAGGUAAGGGUAAGGGUAACUCCAAGCCUGUGGUGAGCCUUGAUCCCACGCUGCUUCGCCUUGAGGCGGGGAUUUUCCAGAGUAGCGAUGGGGUUCCCAUGUCACAGAUUGGCCUUUGUCAAGUUGGUUCCUCUGCCUCCGGAGUUGCGGUUGUCUCAGUGCAGGUCAUAGAACCUUACCUCAAGGCUGGUCCUUUGUCGCCUGGUCCCUUGGCCCUGUUUGUCGUUGAUGCCCCGGAAGUUCCUACCACUGCCUGCUCCGUCUCUGCUGAACGUGUCCCUCUGGUGUGUGCUGCGAAUUCUGAGCCGUUACUGAUUGAUGGCUACCUCAUUCAACUUGGUGCGGUUGAGGUCCAAAGAACUCCGAUGCAGCCAGGCAUGGAAGUCAAAGCAGUUCCAACAUGUGUGGUCAAGGCAAUGGUUUUUCGAGAUCAGACUGGAGUUCCGUGGCCUGAGGUUGUGUCUCACCCGAUGCUCCACUUGUUUUCGGUGGUUCCCCCUUUGUCGCAGUGCACUGAUGAUGACUGCUGUGGCUGUGAGUGCUGGCACCGUACUCUGGAUUUUCCCAUGGAUAACCCGGUGUUGGAAUUGUGGGGGAAACAAUGGCUCAGACUUGACUUCAGUCAUGCCCACCCAGAUCAAGCUGAUGUCUUCACAGCACAUCUGCGACUGCCCGAGCAUCUUCAGUUGGUGGUACAGCAAUUUUCGGGGCACCAUGGGGUUUAUCUUGAACCCAAAUCUCUGGAUGGCCGUCGCCCGUCAUCUGACUUUCAGGUGGUUUGGAUGCCGAAGACUGACCACAAUGAGCUCAUCAUGCUGCGUCAGACCGUGGCCAACGUGGUUGGUAUUGCCAGGAUGGGGAACAAAAUGGGUCUUCGAUGCAAAACUAUUCAUGCUGCCGAUGUCUUUGCACUGCUCAGACCAGGGCACACCUUCUUGCCACCUGGCAAGCGGCAGACCUACCUGGUGGGGCCUUUUGUGUAUGGCACCUUGCAGUCUUCGGUUGCCCAAGUGCUUCAUGCUCAUGGUUGGGUUGCAAAGCCAGUUCAGGCCUUGGCGGCCAAAUCUCAUGUUCAGGGACUCAUGUACCGAGUUCAAUCAGUCCAGGAGCCGCCACACAAGAUGAUUCGAAUGGCACAUGGUGAUGUCUUGAUUGCCAAGGAAGAAGCAAUGGUUGAGCCUGACCGACUUGGCCCCAAGGUAGUUGCAUCCAUGGCGACUGAAUCCUUUGUCUCCAAGCAGGCUGAGGGCGACUACAUUCAGCAGAACGAUCCAUGGGCGAAAGCAGCAGCCAAGCUUCCGGCUAAGUCAGCCAACUUUCAGCUCGGCAAUCCCUUGGAGGACAUGACUCAGAAGGUCAUUGCGGAAGUGCUGUCCAAGAUGCCGCAACAGACCAUGGAGGUUGACUCUGAAUCAGUGGCUGACAAAAGGGUGCUCGACCUUGAAACUCAGGUCAAAGACUUGCAUGGCCAAACCCAGGCUUUGGCAGCACAGGUGCAACAGCAUGCACAAGAUACGGCAGGGCAUUUUCAAGAUGUUCAGGCCCAACUCCACCAGCAAAGCACCCACUUUGAAAGUGCCAUUGCAGCUCAGGCCAGUUCGAUGCAUGGCUUCCAGGAGUCCUUCCAAGAACAAUUUCGACAGCAGGUGAAUCACCAACAGACGAUGUUGGACAGCAUGUUCACGAAACAGAUGUCUCAGUUUGAAGCUUUGCUGGCCAAGCGACCUCGUCAAGAGUGUUUUUCGGUGGGCACAGGCUUCUUCAGUCUCACCACAGGGGACAGCACUUUUGGUGUUCUGUCGCAAUUUUGGACUUACUCAUGCGCAUGCCCGGAUCCUGACACUUGGACUUUAGGCAUUGCCAAUCCCAGUGGACUUAAUGGGAAGUUGGAUCAGGUCGCUCACUUGACAGGUGAUGUCUGGCUGAUGUCUGAAACGCAGCUUUCCCAGAAAGGGGUCUCUUCCUUCACUAAGGGCUUGAAGAUGCUCAAGAGUCCUUGGCGUUAUGUCAUACCAGGUGCACCAUGUACAUCACGACAGCGUACUGACACUGGUACUCAUGCUGGAGUCAUGGUGGUUUCGCGUCAUCCAGCCCGGGCCUUGCCUCAUGGAUUUUCCACCGAGGUUUUUGAGUCUGCACGGGUUCAGGUUGCUGGUGUUGCUCUUGCGGGUACCUGGGUUACCGUGGGGGUCAUGUAUGGAUUCCCUUGCAAUGCCCACCACAAGCAAGCCAGGUUUCAAACAGAAUCCAUCUUGGCUGAUUUGGUCGAGAGGGUAGGGCUGCAAACGGUGGGACCCCGAGCAAUUGGAGGGGACUUCAAUUAUGGGCCUGAGGAGUUGGAGCAGGUUGAACGCUUGAAAGAAUUGGGCUUUCGUGAAGUUCAGGACCUCAGGGCACUGCGACAUGGGUUUUCGGUGGAACCUACUGGGAGGGGAACACGUCGACUGGAUCAGUUGUGGAUUUCGCCUGAAUUGCAACAUGCAUACUGUAUGACGCAGGUUGACUUUGAUCAUUGGGCUGAUCAUGCUGCGGUCAGUGCAUCGUUUUCCUUGGCUGCUUUGUCUUCUGCUGUGCAUGUGUGGCGUGUUCCUCAACCUUUUCCAUGGCCUGCUGAGUGGUCUUGCAAGGUGUGUGUGGACUUUCAAGGUGACUUGACCACCUCUUAUGCCCAAUUUUGGAACCAAGUUGAAACCCAGGCCAAGGGAUGGAAUCAACACCAUGGACUUUCUGUCACUCGUAAGCAGUGCGGUCGGGCCUCGGUUUUGGAGACCACUCCCACACGUCACUUCCUUGCACCUGUCAAAAAGGGGCGUGAGGGUGAUAUCCAACCGGAGUAUCUGGGGGUGAGCUUGCAACAUGCCAGGUUCUUCCGUCAACUCCGUCGACUCCAAUCCCUUUGUCGAAUACUGGCUAAGGGUGAGCUCUCGUGGUCGGGUCGCUUCAACCGUGAUGACACAUGGAGGGCCAUUCGCACAGCCGUGGGGUUCCCGGGUGGUUUUGGACUUUGGUGGGGUGUUCAGGGAUUGCAACCUGUCCUUGAGGGACCACUGCCUCUCCUUUGCCCUGCUUUGGACUUUGCCCAGGGCCUCUUUACUGGCUUUCAAACCUUUGUCCGGCAGUAUGAACAGAAGCUGAUCAGCCAUCGCUAUCAGUUCUCCAAGACCCGUAGGGAGAAAUGCCUGGCUCAUGUCUUCCGUGAUUGCAAGGAUGAUCCACUUCCACAGGCUGACACGUUACUUGAUCGCCUGGAAAUAGGUGUUGAAGAAGUCCGCCCAGAAGAUCAGUCACUGGUGCUCACCAAGCCGGUCCGUCUGUUGGAGGAGGUUCCGGUGGUGGUUGGUGGGGUUGUUGUUGAGGUUGCUGCCCAUUCUGAAGACCAGCUCUGGGUGGCCAACGUUGCUGGUAUCCAAGCUGGGGAUACCUUGACCCAGGAGAGACCAGUGAUGACUGAUGAGGCCAUUUUGGCUCGCUUUGCCAAGGUGUGGCAGGCCCGUUGGAUGAAACACCAUCAUGUUCAGUCAGGCCAGUGGGACCAAAUCUGCGGUUUCUUGGAUCGUACUGCCCCUAGUGUUUCUUGGACUUGUGCUCCUUGGACAGUUGAUCGAUUCCGCCAAGCUGUUCGCCAUAAAAAGCCCAGGGCUGCCAAAGGCCCGGAUGGAGUUGCACAGCCUGACUUGUGUGCCUUGCCUGUGGCGGCCUGUGAAACUUUGGUGGAGUUUUAUCGUCAGGUGGAACAGGGUGCUGCUUGGCCUACCCAAAUGGCCUCAGGUUUUGUCACAAGUUUGGCCAAGCAUGCCUAUGCCAGUCAGGUGGAUGAGUUUAGACCUGUGGUGGUCUACAGUUUGGCCUACAGGGUGUGGUCCUCUGAAAGGGCCCGUGAAGCUUUGCGAUCCAUUGUCCACUUGCUCCCUUGCAGUGUUCAAGGUGGGGUCCCAAAUCGCCAGGCCAAAUCAAUCUGGUUUGAAUUGGCAACUCUGUUGGAAGCAGCCUACACCAAUGGGGAAGCUAUCCAUGGACUUUUGAUGGAUAUCCAAAAGUGUUUCAACAAUAUCCCUAGGCUUCCGCUGUGGCAUGCGUUGCUCCGUAUGGGCUUUCCGGUAUCUGUGUUGCGGGCUUGGGUGUCCUUUGUCUCUGGCCAGACGCGCCGCUUCCGUGUACGGCGUUCAGUCGGUGAGCCCCUUGAGUCGAACUGUGGUCUACCAGAGGGCUGUGCCAUGUCGGUUUUCGGCAUGACCAUUGUUGACUGGAUGUUGGAUUGGUGGCUGCAAGCCUUGGAAGUUCGGGUUGACUUGCGUACCUUUGUGGAUGACUGGGGCCUUCUGUUCAAGGAUGGGGCACUCUUUGACCGUCUAUGGACAUCACUUGAGACUUUCACCACUUUGAUGGAUUUGUCUUUGGAUAUGUCCAAAACUCGGCUCUGGUCCACAGAUGGAACUACCCGCAAAGCCUUUCGCUCCUGUCCAGUCCAAGUGACAUUGGCGGCACGGAACUUGGGAGCCCACCAAAACUUCAGCAGGCACAGCCAUAACUCCGUGCUCCAACAACGGCUCUCCAAGAUGCCGCCGGUUUGGGUCCGACUUAGGGCCAGUCCAGCACCAUAUCGUCACAAGCUUGCUGCCAUCCACAUGAUGGCGUGGCCCAGGGCAUUGCAUGGUGUCACCGUUGUCCAUGUGGGUGCAUGUCAUUUCAAAGCCCUUCGAGCGGGGGCCGUCCGAGCCCUAAAAUGUGAUCGAAAAGGGGCUAACCCCUACCUGCAUUUGGCCACAUCUGCUGUAGUCACUGACCCGGAAGCAUGGUCCAUCUUGCAGACCUUUCGAGACACCCGUGAACUUGGGCACCCUGACCAAGUGGUUUCCUCUCUUGGACUUUUUUCCACUGGGGACCUUGGACUUCCCAAUAAUGGACCCACCUCUGUCUUGCUUGCACGCAUUCACCGUUUGGGAUGGGCAGUGGGUGGUCAGGGUCUUCUCCAAGAUCGAUAUGGCUGUUUUAGCUUGAUGCACGUGGCUUGGGAUGAGUUGGUUCUGCGGUUUCAGUUGUCAUGGGGGCAUGUCUUGGCUCAGGAGGUCGAGCACCGAGUCACCUUUGAUGGUCUUUCCAGGGUUGAUCUCCCGGAACUUCAUCGUGCCCUGAGUGGAUUUGGGGCUGCAGACUUGGUUUUCUUACGGUGUCACUUGAAUGGGACCCUGUUUACCCAGAAUGGCCGCGCCCGUUUUCAGCGAGGGACCUCCUCCAAAUGCCCCUGGUGCCCUGCCAAGGAUGGAUUUUACCACCGGGCUUGGAUUUGCCCUCAUUUCCGUGCCUGUCGUGCUCACAUUACUCCUGAUCAAUGGGAGGUCUUGGACUCUCUUCCACCGUGCUUGCGUGAUCAUGGUUGGCCGGUCAUCUUGUCGGAGUGGGAGGUUGUCGCGGGCAUGUUGCUGAGGGAGGAUGGACUUUUUAAGAUGUCACCAGUAGAACCCCCAAUCUCUUGUGUCCACCAGGUGGUUGAAUUGUUCAUGGAUGGAACCAGUGCGCAUCCACAGGAAGCAAAGCUGAGAUACGCAGCAUGGGCAAUCACUAUUGUUCCUGGGGGCCCAGGCACAUUGGACAACAGGUGGCUGAUGGGAGGCCACGUUCAGGGUUUGGUCCAGACACCUUUCAGGGCUGAGCUAACCGCAGCUCUUCAUGCAGUGAGAUGGGCCGCUCAACGAGGCCAACGAGUUCGACUGUGGGGAGACUGUCAGGGUGUUUUGCGGGGCAUUCAACGACUUUUGCUCGGCAAGCCAGUUCGGAAGAACACUUCCCAUUCUGAUUUAUGGGCUCAAAUGCAAACAAUUUUGGCCACAGCGGGGCAUCUUAUCCAACUGCGCAAGGUGGUGUCGCAUGGAGACAUUCAACAGGCCACAGGGCCAUUGGAGGAAUGGGCGUAUUGGCACAAUGCGCUCACUGACUUGGCAGCUGAUGGUAUCAAUCAAAGGAGGACAGCAGAGUUUUGGGCAGCUUGGGAAGGACUGCGAAGUGCAUUGGUGUUCCAUAGGAAGUUGCACCAGGCCAUUUUGAAGCUUUUGGUUCAGACCUCCAGGGUUGCGGUUACAGAGCAACAACCCCGCCCCAUUGUAUCAAUGGCAGGCCCUCAGGUUGAUGCUCCACAGCAGAUGCCGCAGCAAUGGCAGGUUUCGGCACAGUUGGUUCGACGAUAUGGACAGGUGAACAUGGAUCAACUCCAUGCGUGGUGGACUGCAGAUGGGAUUCAGCUGAUGCAGGGCUCAAGCCCCUUGGUCUAUGUGAGUGGUAUCCAACUCUUUUUCCUGUUCAAUCUCAGCACGGGCUACACAGGGCCUUGGUGCCAUUCCAAGCGCUGGUUUUGCACAGCAGAAGCAGCGCCGGUUGCAGCGCGAACUAGCUGGGGCUCUAGGAGUUCUUUGUUCCUGAGAAUGUGGCGCUCUUACCUCAAGAGCAACAAGGUCCUGCUGGCGACGAAGAUGGCACGGCCAACCUCGGCUGCCUUAUCGAAGUGGGGUGUCUGCUACCGCCUCCGUUGCCCACCGACCUUGGUAGAUUUGGUAGAUGGCCAUAUCUUUUCACAGCUCGGGAAGCAGGUGAGCUCACAAAGAGACAUCUGUGAACUUCGGGCCGCAAAGCUGGUGGUGCUGGACUGGGGCAUGUGUAUCACCUUACCUCCCUCGAAGGUCCAUGCCUACGGCCAGCUCUUUGCAGCGGCGGCCACCAGCAAUCCCUGGAGACUGAUGGACGCCAUGCGUGGCAUCGGAAUCACUUUCAGGGAGGGUGAUGUCUUUGAACCCAUGAUGUUCCUGAACUUCAUCCGUUUCGCCCUGCGGGAAGCGCAACCCGCGGAGGAAGCGAAAGGACAGGUGGAGAACUUCAUGAAGGCUGGGGACGACCUCUAUCAGCGCGGCCCGAAGCGCUUUAAGAAGUCGCCCUUCGACGUGAUCACCGGGGACAUGACCUACUUUAUGAAAGCCUUGGACCUUCUGUGGUGCGUGUCAAGUCAACUUCACACGCGACAUCCCAUCCUGCAGUCCAUGUUCCUACGCGCCCUGGCGACAACCAGCAACAUCCCCAGGUCUCCUGCGGAGCUGCUGCCAGCCAGUUCCACCAGCUCAAGUGGUGCGGCCUUGCAGCAACGCUUGGGGCGGAUUUUGGAAACGUUCUACCGCCGCGGCGACCUCUUGGGCGCCCAACUCACCGCCGUGCGCCUUGGGAGCGGUGCUUGCGUGGCGGACGUGGCGCUGGGGGUGGACUCGUGGAUGCGGAAGGAACCCAUCACAGCCAGCACGUAUUUCAACUUGCUGGACAUCUCCAAGUUGAUCGUCUCCUUUGCCGUGCUGGAGCUGCUGCGCGCAGGUCGCUUGCAGCUGACUGAUGCGCUGCGGCUGGGGACUGCGGAGGUGACGGUGGAGGACAUCUUGAGCCACCGCAGUGGCUAUUGGCUGCCCUUGCCACAGCAGCUGCUGAAGCUGUCGGACCUGCAAGAAAUGGAGACAGUGAUGAAGGCCCUGAAAGCCACAGAGCCUGGAAGUGCAGGGCAGUGCUAUCACUCCUUCAGCUUCGGCUACUUGCUCGCCAUGGCCUUGGAAAAUGCCAAGUGUCCCCUGCCAGAGGCCUGGGAGGCCGUUUGCCAGCAGGCUACAGCCAUGGCCCAAGAGCUACAGCUGGACUCUCCAGCCCUGCAGCUGACGCUCCCAGCAGCCGCAGACGUGGCGGAGUUGGAAGGGGACGUCACCACGCAGGACUUUGAGGAGGUGGCUGAGAUGAUCGGAUAUGCCUAUGCCGUGUUGGGAGAACAAACCGACUCGCCCACCUCUGGGAGUGAGGCGUCGCGGAAAAGUUUGUUUGGCCGCGAACAUCUCUUGGACAGGUCCCUCUUCAACCUCCCAGAGACGCAGUCACGGAUCAUGCCAGGUCUUCAAUCCUUCGGUACCGCGCGUGCUGUUUGCGCCUUGCUGUGCGCCAUGGCGAAGCGCAUCAGCCAGGAUGCCUUGAGAAGCCGCCGUGGCGACAGCGACCGGAUCCAGGACCUGGCCGAAGAGUUGAAACCCUUGCUGUCGCUGGAGGCCUUUGACGACUUUGGUUUGGGAGUGCAACUGGUUCAUAGAAGCUAUUGGUCUCCGCAGGACUCGGACGGCCAAGUGCAUACACCAGGCGGCACACUGCAGUCGCUGGAUAGUUUCCUGCAGGAGACGCAGGUAGCUCCGCCCGAGCCGGCUUGGGGUCAUUUGUCGCAAAACGGGUCCUUCGCACUGGUGCUACCUGCAACUCAGCAGGAAGGCCCCCUGGCAGUGUCCUUGCUGCUGAAUAUGUCUGGCCGCAAGCAGAGCGGUCCCAAGGUGGCCAAAGCUGUGUUGCGCGCCAUCUCUUCACGCAGAUGACCAGCGUAGACAGUUUGUUUCUUCGAGCUGAAAUUGCAUCCAUAAAUC